CCCCUCUCAGUUACAUGCACAGUCACACACAUACCACACGCACACAUCACCACCACAGCCACAACCGCCGCCGCUGCUGCCGCCGCCGCUGCCGCCACCACACACACACACAGACAGUGACGGCUGCCAGGCGCAGUGGGAAGCAAGCCGUCAGGGAGAGAGCUGGAGAAGAAAGAGAGGGAUCGCAGAGGGGAAAGAGAAGAAAAGAGAAGAGAGUUGGAGGAGGCACCUUGUGGAUCAGAAGGGAUUUUCCUCUGUGUGAGUGCGCGUCUGGAUAAGGCUAUCUGCUUUUUCCUGAGCGAGAGGAGUUUCUACUGAGGCUUUUUUUUUUUUUUGCUCAUCCUCCAUACCGGGCUCCAGCUAUAUCUACCUAUCUAUCCCCGGAGCUUAACAAAAGAGGGAGGGAGUAAGAGAGAGUGAGAAAAAAGGCAGUCACAGCUUCAGCUCCAGACCACCCUCUCUCCUCCUCCUCCUCCUCCUCCUCCUCCUCCUCUUCUCCUCUCGAGCUCCACAUCCAUGUGUGAGUUCAUCGCUGAUUCCCCUGUCUUUUGAGGAUAGAACAGAGGACAGCGUGUGUUCUUCAGGAUACAGCCAAGCUCCUGGUGGGAUCAGGGUCGUCUGGUGUGAGAGAGAGAGAGAGAGGGAGGAAGAACGAGACAGGGAAAACGGAUACACAGGAAGAGAGAGAAAGAGACAAGAGAGAGACGCUGGAAAGCAAAUAGAGGGGCAUGUUCAGGGCAGCAGAGGAGGAGAAGAAGAAGAAGUGUGAGUCUGAUUUUUAGAGCGGAGUGUGCAAGGAACCGGCAACCGGAUCCCAUCCAUUCCUCCUCCCUCCUCCUCCUCCUCCUCAUCAUCCUCUUUUUCUUUCCUCUCCUUUUACCCUGUUCUCCAUCCUACUGUUCAGUCACCCCUAUUGUUUCCUAUAUUGCCUCCUACUACCCUUCCACAUCUUCCUUUUCUCACUCUUCACCUCUAUCUCUUCCAUCACCUCCGGAUCAUCCCCGUCUUCCCAGACCCACCAGAAGAAUGGUUUUAAAAGAUACUCUAUAAGCUGCUGGACAAGUGGACAGACUGAAAUCCGCAAGUAUCCCUCCGUCCGUCCAUCCCUCCUGCUGUGUGUUCAUCACACACCUCCACCAGCAAGAGGAAAACAUUCUCUUUUUGCAUCUUUGACUCUUGGAAACAGUCGUCUGAAGGAUCCAGGCCACCCCCUUAAAGUGAUCGUACAAGCUUCUAUCUCCAGACUCCAGGACAUUCAACUGGAUUCCAGCUACAUGGGAAAACGUUUGGAGCAGCAGCCAAUGUACCCCCACUACACCUACUACUACCCCCACUAUCUCCAGACCAAGCAGUCCUAUGCUCCUCCCCCACCACCCAUGGCCCCGCCCAGUCCAGGUACCACAGGAGGAGGUGGUGGAGGUGGAGGAGGUGGUGGAGGUCAAGGAGGAGGGUUAGCGGAGCAGCUUAGUAAGACCAACCUGUACAUCAGAGGUCUGCCACCCGCCACCACGGACCAGGACCUCAUCAAACUCUGCCAGCCAUAUGGGAAGAUUGUAUCAACAAAGGCCAUCCUGGACAAGAACACCAAUCAAUGCAAAGGCUAUGGCUUUGUGGACUUUGACAGCCCUGCAGCAGCCCAGAAGGCUGUGGCCUCCCUCAAAGCCAGCGGAGUCCAAGCACAGAUGGCCAAGCAACAGGAGCAGGAUCCCACCAACCUUUAUAUCUCUAACCUGCCGGUGUCCAUGGACGAGCAGGAGCUAGAGAACAUGCUUAAGCCUUUUGGUCACGUCAUUUCUACGCGAAUACUGAGAGAUGCCAACGGUUUGAGCAGAGGAGUCGGCUUUGCGAGGAUGGAGUCGACGGAGAAGUGUGAUGUGGUGAUUCAAAAUUUCAAUGGGAAAUUCCUGAAAACCCCUCCAGGCAUGACAGCCCCUGCAGAGCCACUGCUGUGCAAGUUUGCUGACGGAGGCCAGAAGAAGAGGCAGACCCAGGUCAAAUAUCCCCAGAAUGGCCGACCAUGGACAAGAGAAGGAGAGAGCGGUAUGGCGCUGACAUAUGAUCCCACCACGAUGCAGAACGGGUUCUACUCUUCACCGUACAGCAUCUCAACCAAUCGGAUGAUUGCGCAGACAUCAAUCACACCCUUCAUCGCUGCCUCUCCUGUCUCCACAUAUCAGGUCCAGAGUACAUCUUGGAUGCCACAUCAACAGUAUGUUAUGCAACCUACAGGUGCUGUGAUCACCCCAGCCGCGGCCAUAGAACCCAGUUUGUCUCUUCACCCCUCCAGUGUAAUGGCUCCUCUCACCCAGCAGAUGAACCACCUGUCUCUGGGCAGUACAGGCACUUACAUGCCUGCUGCAGCCGCUGCUCCUAUGCAAGGAACCUACAUUCCCCAGUACACUGCAGUGCCUGCGUCUGCCAUCACAGUGGAAGGCGUGGUGACAGAAGCAUCUCCACAGACAGCCCCCUCCUCACAGGACGGCAGUGGGCAGCAGCCUUUAUCAGUGGACAACACAGCAGAUCAUGCCACAGCCUAUUCUUACCAGCAGACUAAAUAACAAGAUGGGUAAGAAUCAUUGCUGCAUUGCCCUUAGAAGGACUGCACUGCACUGGAGAUGGAGAGAAUCAAAACGAAACCCGGACAAAAAAAAAAAAAAUGGUGACACGGAUAACACUGAGCGGAGAAUGCUUCAACUGUGCACAAAUAAAAGACCAAAACGAAGAAAAAAUCUAUUAUAUUUCUUACCCGAGGGAACCAAGAAAAAGACAGAGGAAAAAGAAUGAUGUUUUGCUGAACUUUUAGGACAAUGAAAUCAAACGCAGUCUGCAACUUUGGGUUUAUUAUUUCUCACCAUGAGACUGGACUUUGCCUCCAAGAGAAGACUGAAAUCUAAACUCAACAACACGCUGUACAGAAAAGAAAAAAGAACAUUUGAAUGUGCAGGUAGAUUUUCAGACUUUUUUUAUUAAAAAAAUAAGGAAGGAAGCAGAGUCUAGAAAAAAAAAACAGGUUGUCUUCCUUUCAUAUUAAGCUAUAUUAUUUUCAUUCUUUUUAUUAUUUGAGUAGUUUUCUAGAAUGUCAAUGUUUUCGUAAAUCUUUAUUGCCUUAAUUUUCUCAAACAUUGGGAAAAAAAAGUUUCCAUUGUGUUGAAUUAUGAAAAAAGACAAAGUUUGAAUGAUUUGAGAGGUUCUUGGAGAUUCAAGAGCCGUGGAGAUGAAAUCUACAAAGCUAUCUGUACAGGUUAAAAAAAAAAAAGGUUGUGUUUGUAUGAAGAUGACUUUUAAAUUAUGUGGUGCAGUGCAGCUGAUGUUGGUUGGUAGGAAAAAAAAACUCUAAUGCGACUUAUGGGAAGUCCACUGCUUCUUAAAAAAAAUGCAGUUUAUUCAUAGGAUGAACAUUUUGUUCCUUCAUGCAAUUUUUGUUUUUUAAAAUUUUUUUCAUUCAAUCGACUGUUUUAUUUCUUUGUUUUUUGCUUGCAGUAUUUUUACCUUCAAAAGUUUUUGCUUUGCCUGCUUCGUGUGUCUCAAUGCAAAAAGUAAAAAAAAAAAAAAAAAAAAAAAAAAAGGAACAUUUCUGACUUAAACAAAAAGCAGAAAGAAAUGCUAGGAUUUUUAAAUGUGCAAAAAGCAAUAGUUUUAGUAAAACUGUUGACAGUUUCUUGAGUCUUUCUUAACUGUUGAACAACCGCAGCCUACAGGUGGCAUAUUUUAUACCAAAGAUGAAGAAACUAGGUAUUGAAGAGAUCUUCCUUAAGUUGCUUUUCCUUUAUUUUUUCACCUCUGUGACUGAGAUUUUUGUUUGUUUUUUUUUUCUUCUCAUGCUGUUGUGCGAGGUAAUUUUAUCUGUGAGUGGGAACUUGCAGUAGGUCUUUAAAGGGGCUGAAGCCCGAACAAAUACACAAAUGCCUCAACCGGAAGAGUGUGCUCUGAGAUGUUUUGUUUUGUCAUGCAAUUUAACGUGGCGAUGAUCUGACGUGGCGUUGUAACACCUGUCCAGAGACCAGACAUCCUGUGGUGUGGAGAUAGUGGAAAAGGUAAGUAUAUUACUGACAAUAAAUUGGGUUUCUUUAUUUUAUCGUAGAGGCUGAAAUGCAUAACCUCCUGAGAACCAGCAAUGCAUUUUCUUGUCCUCUGUAGGGGACAAAAUUUUCACCGUUUUACUUCAAAAAGGCUGUCCAUGGCAAAGGACAUUCCAGUAAAAAAUAAAUAAAUAAAUAAAAAUAAUUUCAAAAAUGUAUCUGAAAAAUGUGUUGCAUUAUGCUGAUUCCAAUCAAGACAAUUGUUUAAUGUAAAAAAGCCAAAACUUUCAUUUUCCUGGGUCUCAGGAGGAUAUUAUUGCUGUUUACUCUUAGGAUUGUACACACCUGAAUACACCGUCUUUAGGCUGCACUGACCAUCCCUAAAUAUUCAUUUUAAACAGUUAUUUGUCACUAUGAUAAAACUAGAUUUCAUUAUUCUGAAAACCACACUUUCAGGCCAACAAGCCAUUCAAAUGUGAGCAGGGAGUUCAUCUCUGCGAGAGGAAAGGGCAUUUCUGUUCAACUAAAUCAUUUCAGCUUAUGUGCAUUCUCCUGAGAACACAAGGAGGACUUUUUUUUUUGUUUGUUUUCUUGAAAUUUUCUUCUGUUGUAUUUUUUAUUUUUUGUGUGUGUGAGCUGCUAAAUACUUUUAAGUACCGGGGAGUGAGGUAGUUAUGAGUCGGGUGGGGUGUGUAAGAGGUGCACCUAAAAAGUCAGAGUGUGUUAAAUAAUAAAAAAUAAAAAAAUAAAUUGUAUGAUUGGAUGUGAAAGAAGAGGCUUGUUUCCGCUCUCAGCCAUUGAACUCAAUCGAACGCUGAAACGGCUCUCUUCUAUUUCUAAUAAGCAGAAUUGAAAAUGAGCAAAUGUGUUUGCAUUUGUAAAAAUAUUAAGAACAAAACUCCUUCUGGGCUGCAUCCUCUAAACCCCACCCACCUGCUUACCCUUCACCAAUGACAGGAAGCUAACGGAGACAGAGGGGUCGACCUGAAACUAGAAAAAUCAUGGUGAACCAAAACCGAGCAGAAAACAAACAUCUAUUGGAAAAUAAAUUAUUGUAAGGAAAGAGAGAGAGUAAAACAUCAAAACAAAACAACAAAAAAAAAAAUAAGUGAGAACAAAAGUUGUAUUUAUGAGAUCUUUUUUGUACAGGUGUGUAAAAGAAGAUGCAACAGAAAUACUUUGAUGAUGCUAUUUUUUUAUUUGCUUGGUCACAUGCCUCCCAUGUCUUUCAAAUUGUGAUUCUGAGAGUGUCUGUAGAACCAGUGGAUAUUGCUGUAGUUUCAAAUGUCUCUUUUUUCUUUUUGUUUUCUUUUUAGACAAAUCUUUCAAUAAAAAAAUGUUUCAAACA